AUGUACAGCUUCAUGUUGCUGCUUACAGGUGCUGCUGCUGCUGCAACUGUAAGCUAUCCAGACCCUGUUUGUGCUGUAAGAGGAUCGACUGUGGUCCUGCCCUGCACCUUCACACCACAGAGCUCUUUCACUCAGGGUGGGAGACUAGUUCCUCUGAAGAUCAUCAGAGUCCGCUGGUGUGUCAACCAUGAAAUUUGUCAGCUCACCACUCCGUCUGUGUAUGACAGCAAGACACCAACAGCAAACCCUCGUUACAAAUACCUGGGAGACAUGACUGGAAACUGCACUUUACAGAUCAGUGAUAUUCAGGAGAUUGACAGCACAACCUUCCGCUUCAGGAUGGAGGCUGACAACAGAGCAGGACAUUUUACUGGGAAGUCAGGAGUGAACGUCACAGUUAUUGAUUUUGUUAAAAUGAAGAUUCAGAGCUCCGAAGCUGCUGAAGACCUGAACCAGAAUCAACACGUCACUCUGACCUGCAGCACGUCAGUCUGCAACUUCCACCAGCUGGAGGUCACCUGGUUCAAAGAUGGAAACGCCCUCCUGCCGUCUGGCCCCACCCUCCAGCUCGGCCCGCUGACUGCAAAGGAUUCUGGGAACUACACCUGUGCUCUGAAAACCAAUCAGAAAACAACGUCUCUGCCGUUCGCUGUGCGUGUGGAGGAAGAAGAAGAAGAAGAAGAAAAAGGUUUGUUAGACACAGACAGAAGUGACACGCUUCUCAUCCUGGGUGUGCUGUUUGGCGUCCUGCUGCUUCUCUCUCUCAUACUGUUCCUCAUCAGGAGGAAAGUGUCAGCAGCAGGUAAAGAGCAGACAGCUGGAGGUGAGAUGGAUCAAAAGCAGCCUGACAUCAUCUACAGCAACUUCCUGCCGCCAGCGGAGCGACAACAGGAAGUGGAACAGGAAGUGGAACCGGAAGGAGAGGAAGUCAGCUACGCAUCGGUCCAGUUCAGACACACCAACCCAGCCAGAGCACCGGAGCAGGAAGCAGGUGAUGUCAUCUACUCAUCAUUGGCCAGCAAGUGA